AUGUCCUACGACGAUAUUGAAAACGCCACGCCCGACAUUGUGAUCGGCUCCACCACCACAGAGAACGAGGACGACUUGGUCUACGAGCACGACGUGGAGUCUGGCGGCGAAGAGCAGGAACAGGAAGCCCCAGUCAAGGAGAAGAAGCUGGUGGCGUUCGCUGGCUUGGACGACGAGUACGAUGCCGAAGCUGCUAGAAAAGAGUUUGAGGAAGGUGGUGGACUUCCUGAGCAGCCUGACGAUAUCGACGUUUCCACGUUGACUCCAACCUCGGCUGAAAUCAUCAACAGACAGGCUACCAUUAACAUUGGUACCAUUGGACAUGUUGCCCACGGUAAGUCUACAGUGGUGAGAGCCAUUUCUGGAGUCCAGACUGUUCGUUUCAAGGACGAGUUGGAGAGAAAUAUUACCAUCAAGUUGGGUUACGCCAACGCUAAGAUCUAUAGAUGCAGCGACCCCAAGUGUCCAGCUCCAGGGUGCUACCGUUCUUUCAAGUCCGACAAAGAGAUCCACCCCAAGUGUGAUAUUCCAGGCUGUGAAGGCCGUUACAACUUGGUUCGUCAUGUUUCGUUUGUCGACUGUCCAGGUCACGAUAUUUUGAUGAGUACUAUGUUGUCGGGAGCUGCUGUCAUGGACGCUGCCCUUUUGCUUGUGGCUGGUAACGAAAGCUGUCCACAACCACAAACUUCGGAGCAUUUGGCUGCCAUUGAAAUCAUGAAGUUGAACCACGUUAUCAUUUUGCAGAACAAGGUGGAUUUGAUGAGAGAAGAGUCUGCUUUGGAGCACCAGAAAUCGAUCUUGAGUUUUAUCAGAGGUACCAUUGCCGAUGGCGCUCCUAUCGUGCCAAUUUCCGCCCAAUUGAAGUACAACAUUGACGCUGUCAACCAGUUGAUCUGCGACUACAUCCCUGUUCCUCCUAGAGACUUCAUGGCCUCGCCACGUUUGAUCGUCAUUAGGUCUUUCGAUGUCAACAAGCCAGGUGCCGAGAUCGAGGACUUGAAGGGAGGUGUUGCCGGUGGUUCUAUCUUGAACGGUGUUUUCAAGAUUGGUGACGAAAUCGAAAUCAGACCAGGUAUUGUCACCAAGGACGACAAUGGUAAGAUCCAGUGCAAGCCUAUCUUCUCCAACAUUGUUUCUCUUUUCGCCGAGCACAACGACUUGAAGUUUGCCGUGCCCGGUGGUUUGAUCGGUGUGGGUACCAAGGUCGACCCUACCUUGUGUAGAGCUGACAGAUUGGUUGGUCAGGUUGUCGGAGCCAAGGGCCACUUGCCAUCUAUCUACACAGACAUUGAGAUCAACUACUUCUUGUUGAGAAGAUUGUUGGGUGUCAAGACUGAAGGCCAGAAACAGGGUGCCAAGGUUCGUAACUUGGAAUCUGGUGAAGUGUUGAUGGUCAACAUUGGUUCGACUGCUACUGGUGCCCGUGUGGUUGCCGUCAAGGCUGAUAUGGCCCGUUUGCAGUUGACCUCCCCAGCAUGUACCGAGGUGAACGAGAAGAUCGCCUUGUCCAGACGUAUUGAAAAGCAUUGGCGUUUGAUUGGUUGGGCCACUAUCAAGAAGGGUACCACCUUGGACCCUGUUGCUUAG